AGGGAAGGAAGGCGGGAUCCAGUCGCCGUUGUUGCAAAUCCAAAUUCCCUCGGUCGUCGCGGUCUCCAUUGUCUGUGCGAGGGGCCGCCUGUCCUGUCCCACCGUUCUCUGAUAAAGACCAGUGCUCUGUCCCGAGAGCCUGGUUGUCGGAUCUCCUCCCCUGCAGGUCUCCAGACUCCCUGCCAGCCAUGGAGUUGCUUCGCUUGCUCCUCGACCACCCCCUGGUCGCUGCUAGCGCUGCCUUUGCGGCCUACAUUGUGUCCAUUGUGAUCUAUCGACUUUACCUAUCGCCAAUUGCCCACUUCCCCGGGCCUCGCCUGGCCGCGCUGACGGUCUUUUACGAAUUCUACUGGGAGGCCGUGCGCAAUGGCCAAUUCACGUUUCACAUUGGCGAGCUGCACAAGAAAUACGGCCCCAUUGUCCGCAUCAGCCCGACCGAGCUUCACUGCAGCGACCCCGAGUUCUACGAAGUCAUUUACUCGCGCGACAGCCCCCGCAACAAAUAUGACUACUACCAGCGCACCUUCAACGCCCCCUACGCCCUCAUCACCGCCGAGGACCACUACCGCCAUCGCCUGAUCCGUAGCCAGAUGAACCCCUUCUUCUCCAUGGCGCGCAUCCGCGAGCUCGAACCCACUCUCAAAGCCCUCGUCGACAAGCUCUGCCGUCGCCUUGAAGAGCUCAAGGGAACCGGACAGCCGAUCAACAUCGAGUACCCGCUUACCUGCUACACGACCGACGUGAUCACGGAUUAUACAAUGGGCUCGGGCUACCACUACCUCGACGAGCCAGACUUUAUCCCGCAAUGGCAGCAUACGCUCUGCGGGACGGCAAAGACGCUGGUGUUUGUGCGCCCUGUCGCCUUUCUCCUACCUCUACUUGUCGCGAUGCCGGAGAACCUCACCGCGUGGUUGAACCCGGGUAUGGAGUUGUUUUUCGGCUUCCAGCGCCGCUGCCGGGCAAAGAUCGCCGAGAUCAUAAAGAACCAUCACGAGAAGGGCCCGCGGAUUUCCAUAGACGGCCGCGAGACUCUCUUUGACAAUGUGCUCAGCAGUAACCUUCCACCACAGGAGAAGAGCGAGGCCCGCCUAGCGCAGGACAUGCAGGUGUUUGUGUCCGCGGGUGCCGAGACAACCGCAAAGGCAAUCAGCUACAUCUUGUUCUAUCUGCACAACGAGCCGGAACUGCUCAAGAAGCUCAAGGCUGAACUGGAACCACUUGGCAACGACCCCAAACUCAUUGAGCUCGAACAGCUUCCCUACUUGACCGGCGUCAUGCUCGAAGGAAUCAGACUGUCGUACGGUGUAACCGCCCGCCUCCCUCGCAUCGCCCCGUAUAACGCGCUCAAGUACAAGGACAUGACCAUUCCCCCGGGUACUCCCAUCAGCAUGAGCUGCCUACUGAUGCACCACGACGAAUCCAUCUUCCCCGACUCAUACCGCUUCAACCCGGAGCGCUGGACGGACCCCGCUGAGAGGAAGAGGCUUGAGAAGUACAUGGUUGCUUUUAGCAAGGGGUCGCGCAUGUGUAUUGGAAUGCACCUCGCUCGCUCCGAAAUCUACCUCGUCAUCUCGAACCUUCUCCGUCGCAUGAACUUUGAGCUAUUCGAGACUACCAUCGAGGACGUACGUGUUAUUCAUGAUAUCUUCAUCCCAUUCGUCAAGAUGGAUAGUAAGGGUGUGAGAUUUUUGAUCAAGUAAGGGCAGAGAGACGAGAUCUAAUUUCUUGGAACAUUUAUGAUGAGUCUAUGACGCUACAUUGAGAAUCUACUAUGUUGAAAUCACGUCGACUUCAAGUUAGGGGGCCUAAAAGAAGUAGAAAGUAGACAGAGCGAUGUUCGAAAGAAACAGAUUGAAAUUCCCCCC